AGCGACGGAGACAGACGGAUACUACAAGCACUGGAUCAGUGGCUAUGUACUGUACCCACUAACCCAGAGCCGAAGGAUUGGAAUGGAGAUGUGCCAGGACUCGGGGGUGUGGAUCCGCCAGCUGCUGCUUCCCAGACCAACAAGCUUUUUCUUUUUUUCUUUCUCUUCGUUCCCCACCGCCGACCCCAGCACCCGCUCAUGGAGUCAAAAAGGAAAGCAAAAAAAAAACGAAGAAAACAGGUCCUACCCGGAAUCAAACCGGGGUCCCGGAAAGACGUCCCCCAUUCUCGGAAGAGAGGAGGGAGGAAAAGUCAGAAUCCGAAGUGCUGACCGCUACACCAUGGAAUCGGCUGUUUUUGUUGUUUUUGGGAUGGAGGCUGGGGCUGAAAUCAUUUGGUUUGGUGUUUGUGUUUUUGCUAGACCCCCGCCUCCCCCCUCCCUUUGCCUCCUUUCUUUUGUCUCUCUUUCUCUCUCUCUCUCUUUCUCUCUCUCUCUCUCUCUCUCUCUCUCUCUCUCUCUCUCUCUCUCUCUCUCUCUGUCUCUCUCUGUGUGUGUAUGUGUAUGUGUGAGUAUGUGUGUGCGUGUGUGUGUAUGUGUGUAUGUGUAUGUGUAUGUUGACAACGACAGGUUGGAGCUGCAUGUAACCUGUCGCGUCUUUAUUGAAGUUUGUGACUUAGGUACUUAGGAUGGCAGCUGGGGAACCCAAGUCGGCUUGAUAUUUCGAUUCGCCUUUCAGAGGCCUCCGCAUUACCAAGUGCAAAGACAUGGUAAACCUCACGGCUGCCCUCCCAAGUCUAUUUACUUUAUAAGAUGUGGAAUGUAAU